UUUUCGGCGCGGGUCUGGUCUGUAUUUAGGGCUGCUUGGGGCGGACUCCGGGGUAAAUGUAGCACUUGAGAGCGGUCGUAGAGAUAGGCCCGAGCUAUUUCCUGGUCACAGUCCUGUGUUGGAAUACAUUCACACUGGAAGUGCUCAUUCGGAAGCGCUAGAAGUUAUAAAAGUGGACUUUUUAGACACCAGCGAACCUUGUUUCGAUGUGUAUGUCCUUAUCUUUCAUUGUUUGACGCUAUGAAUGGAAGUGGUAGCGGUGGAAGAAGCAAACCCAGUGAUGGCCUCGGCUCCUAUAGCACCUUACAACUCCAGUCCUCUGGGGAACAGCUCCAGCCAAAACGCGUCCAGAGAGAGCCUGAAGAUGGAGCCGCUGGCAGAUGUUGCCGUGCUGCCGGGAGAAGAGCGAGUGAUUGAUAAAGACAUCAUCUAUAUCUGCCCCUUUAAUGCUGCAGUCAAAGGAAAGGUGUCCAUCACCAACUACAGACUCUACUUCAAGAACACUGACUCAGAGACACCAGUUACCCUGAACGUGCCCUUAGGUGUCAUAAGCCGCGUAGAGAAGAUGGGCGGAGCCACCAGUCGAGGAGAGAACUCCUAUGGGUUAGAAAUCACCUGCAAGGACAUGAGGAACCUGCGAUUUGCUCUGAAGCAAGAAGGCCACAGUCGAAGAGACAUCUUUGAGAUUCUUUUCAAAUAUGCUUUCCCACUGUCUCAUGGAAUGCUCUUUGCCUUUCUGAGUCAGGAAAAGUAUGAGGAGAAUGGCUGGAACGUGUAUGAGCCAAUGGAAGAGUACAGGAGGCAGGGUCUACCCAAUAGUGAGUGGAGGGUCACUUUCAUCAAUAAGAACUACGAGCUGUGUGACACUUAUCCCACAAUUCUUGUUGUUCCAUACAAGGCCACAGAGGAAGAUCUUAGAAGAGUCUCUACCUUCCGCUCCCGCUGCCGCAUUCCGGUGUUGUCGUGGUUCCAUAAAGAGAACCAUGCUGUGAUCAUGCGGUGUAGCCAGCCUUUGGUCGGCAUGAGCGGCAAGCGCAACAAAGACGAUGAACGUUAUUUGGACCUCAUCCGUGAGGCCAAUGGCACUAUCAAACUCACCAUCUAUGACGCCAGGCCUAACGUCAACGCUGUGGCAAACAAGGUAUGGGCUGGUUACUGUUUUCCAGUCAGACUUGGACUCUUGGCCACGGGUGGGGGUUACGAGGGCGACGAUGCAUAUCAGAACGCUGAGUUGGUCUUUCUAGACAUCCAUAAUAUCCAUGUCAUGAGAGAGUCACUGAAGAAGCUAAAGGACAUUGUCUACCCCAAUGUGGAGGAGUCACACUGGCUCUCCAGCCUGGAGUCCACCCACUGGCUAGAGCAUAUUAAGUUGGUGUUAUCAGGGGCCAUCCAAGUGGCUGAUAAGGUGUCUUCUGGGAGCUCUGUGGUGGUGCACUGCAGUGAUGGCUGGGACCGCACAGCUCAGCUCACCUCUUUGGCCAUGCUGAUGCUGGACUCUUACUACAGGACUCUCAGGGGCUUCCAGGUGCUGCUGGAGAAGGAAUGGAUCAGCUUCGGACACAAGUUCGCCUCAAGAAUCGGCCAUGGAGACAAAAACCAUGCAGAUCAGGACAGAUCACCUAUCUUUCUACAAUUCAUUGACUGCGUGUGGCAAAUGACUAAACAGUUCCCAACAGCGUUUGAGUUUAAUGAACGUCUCCUGGUAGUAAUCUUGGAUCACCUGUACAGCUGCCGCUUUGGCACUUUCCUCUACAACUGUGAGAGUGCCCGUGAAAGCAAUAAUGUUCGGAUGAAGACGGUGUCUCUGUGGUCUUUGAUCAACAGUGACACAUCCUUGUAUAUAAACCCCUUCUACACACCAGAGUCAAGUCGUGUGCUUUACCCUGUAGCCAGCAUGCGCCACCUAGAGCUAUGGGUGACUUAUUACAUCCGGUGGAACCCUCGCAUACAACACCAGCAACAGAGUCCAGUGGAGCAGCGCUACAAGGAGCUACUGGCGUUGAGGGAUCAGUACCUGAAGAAACUGGAGGAGCUACAGCUCUCAGACUCCGCCCCAUCCUCUACUCACUUGACAAACAGCUCCACCCCCAAUGCUGCCACGGCCAAUCAGCACAUCACACACUUACAGACACCGUUUUGAUCACACUCGCAAACUGUUACAGACAUUGGACAUUUGUAUAUAGCAAUAGUGAUAAUUACGGUAACACGAUUAGUAGUGAUGUCGACGAUAACGAGUAACAAACCAAUUAUGCAAUAAACCACAGUACGGCCUUCAUUGCGCAAAAAAAAAAAAAAAAGUUAAGCGAAAAGAGAAGCCUUAAAGUGACAGUGCUGUUUUUUCGUGCCGCACACCAUGGACGAAAGGGAGUCAAAUAGUGCGUGUGUGUAUGCCAGAAAACACUGUUUGGAAUGGUCAAGCGAUUGAAAAGCGAUCGAGUCGGACGGACGCAUGUGAUUUAUGUGUUGCGUUAUGUGUGUUAUUAGUGUCUAGAUCUGAGUGGAGAACAUUUUUGAAUGUUGAGCACUGGUAAGAUUCUGUUUAAAAGGUAUUCAAAGAGAGCUGGUCUAGUUUACGGAGUUGUAAACUUUAGUCUACAUUAUGUCCAGUCAAUGUGGUAUCAAGCAGGGUCUUUAACCUUUGGUAGAGCAAUCAUUUCAUUAGUCAGUAUGCUCGGUUUAACCGCUUAACUCAAAUGGCUGAUCUCAUAAGGUAAAGGAAGCAAAUAUGUUGUCUAAAUGUCGUACUUUUUUCUCCUAGAAUGUCAUUCGCUGCUCAGGUGAGUGUACUGAAUGGAAGGAAAAUGUUCUGAAGUGAUUAACAUUAGUUUGUUGAACAGAACCAGGGUUUUUUAAGUGAGCGACACAGAUACCGUUUUGGUGCCUUUA